AUGCCUCAUGCUGUAGCAAAAGUGGGCGGUCAUGUCAUCGCAGAGACGGACUCGUGGGAGUUUGUAGAGGGCAAUAUCUACUUCCCAGAGUCUUCCAUCAAGAAUAAGGAUGUCCUCGAAUCCUCUGAUCUAUCUACCUUUUGCCCAUGGAAAGGCUACGCUUCGUACUGGAGCAUAGUUGUCGACGGAAAAACAAACCAGAAUGCUGUUUGGUAUUAUAAAGAGCCAUAUGAAGCCGCUAUUAAUAUCAAGGACCAUGUUGCCUUUGAUAAAAAGCAGGUGGACAUCACAGAGGAAUAA